CUUCCCUCCGAUGUGAAUGCAGUGUCCCCUGUGGGAUGCCGUAGGUGAUGCCCAGCUCUACUGCAAUGGCAACUGGAGCUCUCUCUAGUUCUCUCCUCGUAACCUGCUGCCUCAUGGUUGCCCUCUGUAGCUCCACCAUACCUGUACAAAAACUGGCCAAGGCUCAAGACAAGCAGGAGAUAAAGGCGAGCCAGGAAAAGAGGGAUCACACAUCUGCAAGGGACAGCCAGACAGGCCCGGGGAGAAUGAAUGAGAUCGGCAGGAGCGGGAGGGAGGAGGGUGGCAGGGACUGGAAGAGCAAGGGAAGCAGGAACUACUCGAACAAGGAGUCUUGGACUAAGCAAAAGCAGGCUUGGAACAGCCAGGGGACGAGUGGUAAAUCUGGGAGCGUGCAGGUGCAGGAGCAGAGGGACGCUGCUCCCGAGGAGCCUCGGGUGGCUGAAGAUUCGUCUCUCCCAGCAGCUGUUGCGAGCAUCACUCCCGAGCCUCCAGAGGAGUACGCCUAUCCGGACUACCGCGGGAAGGGCUGCGUGGACGAGAGCGGCUUCGUCUACGCCAUCGGGGAGAAGUUUGCACCGGGCCCGUCGGCCUGCCCAUGCCUGUGCACGGAGGAGGGCCCGCUGUGCCUGCAGCCCGAGUGCCCCCGGCUCCACCCGCGCUGCCUCCAGGUAGACACCACGCAGUGCUGCCCGCAGUGCAAGGAGAGGAAGAACUACUGCGAGUUCCGAGGGAAGACCUACCAGACCCUGGAGGAGUUCAUGGUUUCUCCGUGUGAGAAGUGUCGCUGUGAAGCCAAUGGUGAAGUGCUGUGCUCUGUCUCAGCUUGUCCCCAGACCGAGUGCGUGGAUCCGGUGUACGAGCCUGACCAGUGCUGUCCUAUCUGCAAAAAUGGCCCAAACUGCUUUGCAGAAACGACCGUCAUUCCAGCAGGCCGGGAGGUGAAAACCGAUGAAUGCACUAUAUGUCACUGCACUUACGAGGAAGGCACUUGGCGAAUUGAACGGCAAGCGAUGUGCACUAGACAUGAAUGCAAACAGAUAUAGGACAUCUACAAACCUAAGUACUUUUCGUGGUUUUUAUAAAAUAACUCACAGCAGUGAGUACCCUAGAUGACCCAGGGAAAUCUGAAUGAGAAGAUUCUGGUGAGGAGCAAAGAAUAAAACCUUGAUAUUUCGGUUUUCAAAGUAACAUAAUACUGCAAGGCGAAGAAGUGCAUAUAUUUAAAACGUUUGGACAUAAGAAUACCUGUCUUAAUAAAUGUGUUAUUUUCACAGUCAGUACACUAAAAUACACUCUAUAAAAUAUUCUAUGUAUUUCUAUAAUACCAUUAUAGAGCUUAAAAAUAAAUGUUUUAUAUAGACAAAACAGAUUAAAGUACUGUA